CCGGCUCAGCGAUCACGCGGCCCCGCUACGCGCGCCUCGCGCAGGCGCCCUGAGACACGAGCCGCGCCUCCUCCUCCCCCCCCGCAGAGCCACCUCUCUCGCCGAGAGCGCCGCCGCGCUGCGCCUGCGCCCAGGCCGGGGCAGGAACUGGCUGGCGGCGGCGGCGGCGGCGGGCGGAGUUCGCGCCGCGCGCCCCGCCGGGGAUGGUGAGCUCGGCCCCGCUGCUGCGCCUGCUGACCGCCAUCGACCGCCGGAGGAUGAAGCUGCUCAUGGCGCUCGCCCUCGCCGCCUACGUGGCCUCUGUAUGGGGCAACUUUAUCAACAUGAGGUCUAUCCAAGACAAUGGGGAUCAGAAAGUUGAAAGUAAGAUAGAGGAGGCUGUUGCACCACUAAGAGAGAAAAUCAGAGACCUGGAAAAAAGUUUCACCCAGAAGUAUCCACCAGUGAAAUUUCUAUCAGAAAAGGACCGUAAAAGAAUUUUGAUAACUGGAGGAGCAGGGUUUGUGGGUUCUCAUCUUACUGACAAACUAAUGAUGGAUGGCCAUGAGGUUACAGUUGUGGACAACUUCUUUACGGGCAGGAAAAGAAAUGUGGAACACUGGAUUGGUCACGAGAACUUUGAACUGAUUAAUCAUGAUGUCGUUGAACCCCUGUACAUUGAAGUGGACCAGAUCUAUCAUCUAGCGUCUCCUGCUUCCCCUCCAAAUUACAUGUAUAAUCCUAUCAAGACAUUAAAGACCAACACUAUUGGGACAUUAAACAUGUUGGGAUUAGCAAAACGUGUUGGAGCACGGCUUCUGCUGGCCUCUACCUCCGAGGUCUAUGGAGAUCCUGAGGUUCACCCUCAAAAUGAAGAUUACUGGGGCCACGUGAACCCCAUAGGACCUAGGGCCUGCUACGAUGAAGGAAAGAGAGUUGCAGAAACAAUGUGCUAUGCCUACAUGAAGCAGGAAGGGGUUGAGGUGCGAGUUGCUAGAAUAUUCAAUACCUUUGGUCCUCGGAUGCACAUGAAUGAUGGCAGAGUUGUCAGUAACUUUAUCUUACAGGCUCUUCAGGGAGAACCUCUAACGGUCUAUGGGCCUGGAACUCAAACAAGAGCAUUCCAGUAUGUCAGUGACCUUGUGAAUGGGUUGGUGGCCUUAAUGAACAGCAAUGUCAGCAGUCCUGUCAACUUGGGGAACCCAGAAGAGCACAGUAUCCUAGAAUUUGCCCAGUUAAUUAAAAAACUUGUUGGUAGUGGCAGUGAAAUCCAGUUUCUCUCAGAAGCUCAAGAUGACCCCCAGAAAAGAAGGCCUGACAUCAAGAAAGCCAAGUUAUUGCUUGGUUGGGAACCUGUGGUCCCCUUGGAAGAAGGUUUAAAUAAAGCAAUUCACUACUUUCGUAAAGAACUUGAAUAUCAGGCAAACAAUCAGUAUAUCCCCAAACCGAAACCUGCAAGGAUAAAAAAAGGAAGAACAAGACAUAACUGAAAACUGUUACGUUGGACAGGAGAUUCUCUACUUUACAUUUGACAGGAUGUAAUUUUUUUCUUUUUUUAAAAAGAAAGACUUAACAGGUUUCAUGAAGAACAAACUGGAAUUUCAUUCUGAAGCUUGCUUUAAAGAAGUGGAUGUGCCUAAAAAUUUAAAAAUACUGCAAAUCUUGCCUUGCACUUUUUAAAUCUGUCUUUUUAUGUAAAAUAGAGUAGAAAAAUCUUUUGAGUAUCUUCAAGUUUUAUAUCUUGCUGUGAGAUCAUUUGUUGUGACUGUCUUUGACAGUUUUAUUUACUGGUUUCUUUGUGAAGCUGAAGAUGAAUAUAAACGGGAUGGAAUAUACCAAUUUAUUUAUAAAAUGGGUACUAUAAAUGAGACGUUAUACUAUGCAUACGAGAAAAAGCUAGCAGUAUUGUCAGGUGAGUGAAACACUGGCAUUUAGUAUAUAGGGGUAUAAAAAUUCUGUAUGAGAGCUUUAUGUAUUCUUUAAAUCAGAGUUUUUUCAGAGGUUCAGUUUUAGUUGCACACUUGAAUUUGGACUGUUUUCAUUGAAUAUCAUGGAUAAGAAUAUUUUAAAUCACUACUGUGUUGUGCAUAUUCUGGGGAAAAAAAGUUAAUGUAUUAUUGGUUACCAGUGGUUGAAUAUGCUAUUUUAAUAAAAUAUGGAAAGUUCUACUUA